CAGCGGCUUUGGGGCCGCUAAGGAGUGCACAACCGAGUAAAAUUAACCAACCAUCAAAUCCUUUAUAUACCACUCUUCUGCAGCCCUUCUCAAUUGAUCGAACAAUAUGGGGCAAGAUUGUUAGGCCAGGAGCAAAUGAAACAUCCCAACUGUAUGCCUUAAGAUCUGCUCACA